AUGCGCUUAUCGAAAAUGGCCCGCCAAUUAUACAAGUAUCAAGAGAAGUUACCCUCCUUGCCCGUGCCUCCUCUACAACACACGUUGGAGUUAUACAAGGAAUCCAUCAAACCCUUUUAUAAAGAUGGUGAACGAGAUACAGAAUAUAUAAACUAUGCGGCAAUUAUUGAUAAAUUUGCCAUUGAUGAAGGUAUCAAACUACAAGAGAAAUUAAUUAAGUUUGCCUCAAAUAAGAGAAACUGGUUAGCCGAAUUUUGGGAUAAUUACGCUUAUUUGGAAUAUAGAGACCCUGUUUCACCUUUUGUCUCGUAUUUCUUCAACCAUGGAGACGUUAAAUAUAAGAACGUCCUUUCUAAUGAUCAGUUACUCAAAUCAACCUUUAUUAUUCUCAAAGUUUUAGAAUUCUCCAAAUCCAUUGAAGACGAAUCAUUAACUCCAGAACUUGUCAAAAAUUCCCCAUUUUGUAUGGAAUCCUUUAAAUGGAUGUUUAAUAAUUCUAGAAUUCCAAAUGCGAAACGCGACAUUAAUGUCAAAUACGAUCCUAAAGAGGGUAGGUUUGUAAUUAUCUUAUCAAAAGGUUGGGUAUUUAAAUUGUUCACUCAUGAUUCAAGAAAUGAUGAAAUUUUAUCAUUUAAUGAGAUUUAUAAUCAACUCAUUCAAAUUGAGAAAACUUGUAAUUUAAGGGGGGAAAAUCCUAAUCCUAUUGGUAUAUUGACUUCGUCAAAUAGAGAUGAAUGGUUUGAAAAUUAUCAAAUAUUAUCUUCAAUUUCAAGUCAAAAUGUUUCCAAUUUAUUAGAUAUCAAUAAAUCAUUGUUUGUUUUAUGUCUUGAUGAUAAUUCCCCAACUACCAUUGAGGAGAAAUCAAGAAAUUCUUGGCAUGGAAAUGGAUUUAAUAGAUGGUUUGAUAAACCAGUACAAAUGUUUGUAUCGAGAAAUGGAAAUUCAGGGUUUUUGGGUGAACAUUCCAAAAUGGAUGGAACCCCCACUUUGAGAAUGAAUGAUUGGUUGGUUGAAGAGAUGAAAAAUUUCAAACUCUCCCCAUCCGAUUUAAACAGAAAUGACAAUAUACAAUCCAUUGAAUUGAAAUUCGACAUUAAUGGAAAAUUGUCCAAAGAAAUCCAAAAUCAAAUGGUGAAAUUUAAAGAAACUGUUGGUUCCUUAAGUAUUAAAACUUGGCAAUAUUUUGGUCUUGGUAAAAAUGACAUUAAAUUGUUUAAAUGUUCACCAGAUUCAUUUGUUCAGAUGUUGAUCCAAUUGGCAUAUUAUAAAUAUACCGGGACUUUGAAACCAACCUAUGAAUCUGCUUCAACUAGGAGGUUCUUCAAAGGUAGAACCGAAACUUGUAGGAGCGUAUCAUUGGAAGCCCUCCAAUUUGUCAAAGACUGGGAAAACCCAACUGUCCCCGUGGAGAGAAAAUUGAAAUCCCUCGAUUUGGCCUUGAAAUCACACAACAACUAUAUCCGUUUAGCGUCCAAUGGUGAAGGUGUUGAUAGACACCUUUUUGGCUUGAAGCAAAUGGUUGAAGAACAGACCCCUAUAGUGGAUAAGUUUUUCAAUAACCCAAUCUUCAACUAUUCCAGUUACUGGUACCUAUCAACUUCCCAAUUAUCCUCGGAGAAUUUCAACGGGUAUGGCUGGUCUCCUGUUGUUCCAGAGGGUUUGGGCUUGGCUUACAUGAUCAACUCAGACUGGUUACACAUCAACAUCACUGCGUUCAAGGAAAACCCAAUGAACCUAAAACCGGAGGAAAUGGCAUACUACCUAACAGUUGCUGUCAAUGAACUAAAGGAUGCAUUGUCACAGAAGAAGUUGGACCCAAAACUUUGA